AUGGCGGCGGGGGAAAGCCCUGAGGGGUCUGGGGGUUCUGGGCCAGCAGCUUUUGGUGACGCCCCCGUCCAGAGCCGUUCCUGUGGCUCCCCUCUCGCACACACAGCCAGGAGCCAAGGGGUUUCCACCCGAAAAGUCCUCCCUGCUGUGGGAGACCAGCAGCCCUGCUCACAGGUAUUUGUGCUUUCAGGUGCAGCUCACGCUGACGUGGAGCUCACGUCCUCCCUGGCAGAAAAAAUCUCUCUGUUGGAAGAAAAGAUAGAGAAACAAGCACAAGAAAUCCAGCUGAAGGACAGGAGGAUUGCUGAGCUGCAGGAGAAGAUAAAGACUCUUCAGGAAGGAGAAGAUGUUUCUGAGCCGUGCACCUCAGGAGAGCUGGAGGUGAGGUGCCUUCAGCUGCAGAGGCAGGUGUGGGAGAUGGAGGUGAGGCUGCUCUGCUUGCCCCGAGCCUCCCCUUUGCUUUGGGGUCACUGCAGUCCCAGCCUGGCCUUUUCCAAGCUGCCCCUUUGGUCCUCACAGCCCUUCAGCUCUGAGAAGGAGCAGGCUGGAUGUGAGCAGGAGAAGGUUUUACACACCCAAACCCCUGUGCCUCCUGCCAGCUUCAUCCCGAUUUCCAGGGCUGCAGCUCCUGCAGCCUUGGGAGGUUCCUCUGACUUUCCCCCUCCCUUUCCUUGCUGUCACUGCCCUGCCAGGGCCAAGCAGCCCCAAGACAAACCUGCUCCACCUCCCCCAGGCACAGCUGACCCCUCCCGGGCUCCUUUUCCCAGUUUUGAGGCUCUGGCUCUGCUCCUGCAGCGGUUCCUGAGUGACUACGGUCUGCUUUGGGUUGGAGAGGCACGGGAGCUGCUGGAGGACACGGAAUCCACCCGGGAUGGAGAGGAGCUGCCAGCAGGGAGCCUCUGCAGGCCGGGUGAGGCCGUGCUUUGCAAACAGCAGAUUGAUUUUGAUUUAAUCCUGGAGAACAUCAAGGAUUUGAACUCGCUGGUGGCAGAGGGCGUUUCUCAGAUCGAGCACACGGCCCGGGGGGCUCGUUUGAGGUGGCCAGAGCCCCUCCCUGUGACCCUGUACCGAAAUGGGAUCACCGUGGGACACGGAGCCUUCCGGCCCUACCAGCACCCAGCCACGCAGCAAUGCCUGCAGGACAUCAUGGAUGGUUAUUUCCCCUCCGAGCUGCAGCCUCGCUACCCCGACGGUGUCCCCUUGCAGGUCACUGACAGGAGGGACGUGGUGUUUCAGGAGCCAGACCUUCCCGGGAGCUUUCCUGGCCUUGGCCAGGUGGUGGGUACUUCAGAAUCCAGCAGAGUGCAGGAAACCUCCAAGAUCCCAGGUAAAAUCUUGAACCUGCCUCGAAAAUGCUGCUCCUUCUUGAGGAGGAGGAUUCUUAAACCUUGCCAGGGCAGUGCAGGUGCACUGGCUGCUCUCCACUCAUCUGACACUCACCUGCUUUGCUUGCAGGGCUCUGAUGGGCAGCAGAGCAGCAGGGAAAUCCUGGUGGAAACACCUGGGCUGGCUGCCCUGGAGAGGUACAGGUACAGCCCCCCUCCCCCUGCCCUGUCAGGAUCUCCUCUUCCUCCUGUUCCAUCACUGCAGGUUUAUUUUCCCGACAGCAAGCCAAGGCCUAAGAGUUUGUCACCACUGAAGGAGCUCUUUGCAGUCAUGUUAAAUGGAGAACCCCUCCAGGAAACUGUGGGCGAAGCACUUACCAGACAGCCCUGGUUUGAAAUGAAAAAGCUAAAAAAGGCCCAUAACCCUCCUGAAGGCACCUUCAGGCUGGGAGAGCACAGCAGCAGUUUGGGCUGUGGGUUGGUCUGGGUGCUCAGACACGGCCUCACUCACCUCGAGGACAUUCCCAAACACAACUCUGCCCUGCUCUGGUCACGGAGGCUCUGCCUGCUGCGUGGAGCUCCCUCCUGGGCUGACAGGGCUCUCUGGCCCAGGGUGAAGCCAGCUGAGCAGGCUGGAGCUCCUGAGCUCUGCACCCUGCGCGUCAGGUCCGAGAGCGGGGAGCAGACGUACGAGCUGAGGAUGCUGCUCACGGACACCAUCGGGGACCUGCGCCAGCACCUGGCCCACAUCAGGGGUGGAAACUCGGACUAUGAGAUCAUCAGCACCUUUCCCCAGAGGGUGUACACGGACAGCUCCAGGAGCCUGCAGGAAUGUGGGCUGGUCCCCAGGGCCUCCCUGCUGCUCCGCAGGAGAGACCCCCCCCAGCAGCAGGGCAGGGGGCUGCAACCAGCCUAAAGCUGCUCACCCCCAGCUCUGCAGGGAGGGAGCUGCCUCUCACCUUACCCGACCUGCCCUGGCUGGGAAAAAGGGAGAGGUUUUCUUUCCAGAUUCAGUUUCACUGUGCCACUGCCUGGAUGGAGAAGAGCUGGGAGCAGCCUUUGGCAGAGGGGCCAGCCCAGUCCUGCUGUUCCCCAGCACAGGGACACUUCCACCAGCUCACCUGGGCUCCAGGCCUGGCUCCUCACCUCUGUGCAGGUUACACAGGCUGACCCCUGCCCAGGGGAGCCUGCCAGCCUCACCCCAGCACUGGGCAGUUGUUUGCUGUGCCCGGGGACUGGAGCAGCAGGAUGGACACACAGCCAGGGGCAGUUUGCUUUCUGCACACAGCUGCUCCCUACAGAUCUCACCUGCGCUGGCAGCAGGGCACAGACAGGCUCAGUUCCACGGUCUGUGCCGGAGCUAAACCUGAAGGCCUUGAGCCAUUGCAGUGCUGGGGCUGAGCCAGGCUCGGCUCAGCCGGGAGAUCCUGCUGCUGGCUUUCCUGUACGUGCACAGCUCCUUCCCUUGGACAGCCCCCAGCUGCAGCGGGGCCCCGGCUCCAGCCUGCCUGGAGGUACCCGCCCUCCUCCUCCUCCUCCCCGGCUGG